GCGCAAAGGACCGACAAAUGUGUAAACUCUGAUUGGAAGAGCAAGACCGACAAAAGCCCCCACGAUAGCCAAUCAACGCACACACCAGACAAAUUACACUCGAAUCAGAUUGGACCGUUGUCACUCUUGGGCUGCUGGCAAUGCUAAAAUAGUCGCAUUCUACGAAAGACCUUUGACAUUGAAUCACAUAUCGGUACAUCACCACUAGCUUCCUUAAUUAACUCAAAGGUGAGUCAUGUCGUCGGUUUUCUCCAGCACGGACUCUGUAGGCGCCGAGCCCUCCGUCUGCCCCAACGCAGCCAAGCUCAGCAACGCACAAGCCAACGAAGUGGCUGCCAUUUUGAAAGGGGGCUCCAAGGUCAACGGAGAAGCCAUGUUGAACGGCCACAAGCUCUCCAUGAAUGGAUCGGCUCAAGUGAACGAGGACAGUGCUGGCCAUAAGGCCCAGAAUGGGUCGGUCCAUGUGAACGGGCACGAGGGGGAGAACGGUCUAGAGAAGGCAGCCGCAGGCGUGGAGGAGAGGCUGUGGAUCCGUCCUGACUUGCCCAGCAAAUGCACUUGGAAACUGGGCGGGUCUUCCGUAGAGUCCCCUCACUGCCACUCUGAACUGACUGAAGCUCCCAGCAUUCUACCCAACAUCCUCGGGAAGAUCGGAGACACACCUCUGGUCCGCAUGAACAAGAUCCCCAAAGCCUUCGGCCUUAAGUGUGAACUCUUGGCCAAGUGUGAGUUCUUUAACGCAGGGGGCAGUGUGAAGGACCGUAUCAGUCUAAGGAUGGUGGAGGAUGCAGAGAGAAAUGGGAUCCUCAAACCAGGAGACACCAUCAUCGAGCCCACCUCUGGCAACACAGGUAUUGGUCUGGCCCUGGCCUCUGCAGUUAAAGGCUAUCGCUGCAUCAUCGUCAUGCCUGAGAAGAUGAGCAUGGAGAAGGUGGAUGUGCUUAGAGCCUUGGGGGCGGAGAUCGUGCGUACCCCAACCGCUGCCCGCUUUCAUUCGCCGGAAUCCCACAUAGGCGUGGCCUGGCGUCUGAAGAAUGAGAUUCCCAACUCUCAUAUCCUGGACCAGUACCGUAACCCUAGCAACCCCCUGGCCCACUACGACACCACUGCCGAGGAGAUCCUGGAGCAGUGUGAUGGUAAGGUGGACAUGUUGGUGGCAGGAGCUGGCACCGGUGGCACCAUCACUGGCAUCGCCCGCAAGCUGAAGGAGAGAUGCCCCAACAUCAAGAUCGUGGGUGUGGACCCUGAGGGUUCUAUACUGGCUGAGCCAGAGGAGCUGAACAAAACAGAUAAGACCCAGUACGAGGUGGAGGGCAUCGGAUACGACUUCAUCCCUACUGUACUAGACAGAUCUGUAGUUGACAGGUGGUAUAAGUCCAAUGACGAUGAGUCUUUUGCCAUGUCACGCAUGCUGAUCAGGGAGGAGGGGCUUCUCUGCGGAGGUAGUUCAGGUACGGCCAUGGCUGCAGCAGUUAGAAUGGCCACAGAGCUGAAGGAGGGCCAGCGCUGUGUCGUCAUCCUGCCUGACUCCAUCCGCAACUACAUGUCUAAGUUCCUGAGUGAUAACUGGAUGUGUGAUAAGGGCUUCCUAACCCCAGAAAACCUGAUGGUGUCCAAACCCUGGUGGUGGAACCUGAGUCUGCAGGGUCUGAACCUAUUUUCCCCCCUCACUGUGCUGCCUUCAGUCAACAUCAAGAAGACCAUCAAGAUCCUCAAGGAGAAGGCCUUCGACCAGGCACCCGUCGUUGAUGAGUCAGGCGUGAUCCUAGGGAUGGUUACCCUGGGCAAUAUGUUGUCUUCAGUACUGGCUGGGAAGGUCAAGGCCUCUGACCCUGUCGCCAAGGUGCUUUACAAACAAUUUAAACAGGUGCGACUGACAGAUAACCUGGGUAAGCUGUCCCGUAUCCUGGAGACAGAUCACUUUGCCCUGGUGGUGCAUGAGCAGAUCCAAUACAUGGAGGAUGGCUCGCCCUGUCUUAGACAGAUGGUAUUCGGGGUGGUGACCGCCAUUGACAUACUUAAUUACAUCACCACGCGCGAGCGGACGCUGUCAGAGUGCUCGCUGACCGACUAGCUGUGACCACUUCCUGUUUCCUGUGGAGAGGAGGAAGUGACCGCCCACCUGACACCCUCUAAGUAACGACAAUGACGAUGAAGAUGAUGUAGAAGUGGUGGGGUUUGUGGUUUAGUCUUAAAAUAAGUCAAUAUGAAUUUCCUCCCCUUUUGACUACAUUGAUUUUGUUAUUUGUCUGUGAUGAUAAUAAUUAUUCACUGUAGCUUAUACUGUGAUUGAAGCAGCUUAGCUGGUUUCAGAUACAUGGUUUUCCUCUAACUUUAAGGUAUGGAAAUUGCAUGUAACAAACCGUGUGCAACUAGACUGCCUUGCCUCUUCAUUAUCGAAAGUCUUCUACUUUUUAAUCUACUUAAAAAUAAUAGUGUUCCUCUGACUUGUCAUUUUUAUUGCAGAGGAUACUGAAACAUUACAAUAUCCUCGCUCGACUAACAACUCAGUACAUUUGAAUCUUUCAGUUAAAUAGUCAUCAUAUAGCUACCAUUUGUAUUGCAUUGAGAUUUGUAUAUAACUGAUAUGCGAAUGUGAGCUUCAUCUUAAAACUUAAAAGCACAUUAUAGAUUUUUGCUGCUUCUUUGAUACCAAUGAAGUUACAUCGCCAUCUAGUGGCAGCUAAAGACAGGGCAUGGGCCAAAAAAUUGCUAUUUGGGUUGCUCAGUGUGAAAUGGUUACCAAGAAGAAGCGUUACGUUGACAACAUUCAAAGAGAUAGGAUGUCGGUGAAGAGUACCUGUCCUUUUUGUUUGAAGGCUUUGGUAAAGUAACAAAGGUCGCAGGGUAGGUCAGGUUAAGGAUAGGCGAGUUUGGCACACAACCAAACUGCAACCCAAACAGUAGGACUUGUGUUGGGUCAUUUUGUUCUUGUAUUGAAACAAGAUGUAUUGAAUAAGUCUGUAUUGAAUAGUUUGUUGGCUGAGCUUGCACAGUGCAGCUCUUUUAAACAGGCCUGUCCGUCUGGGGCAGGAUGUUUAUGCCAAGGCUUGGGUUGUUUGAACUUUGUACCAUUUUUCUGUAGUUGUUGACUUCAUGUACAAUCAUUCAUGUGUUAUGUAUGACCAUGGACCCAGAGCUGUUAUGAUCUAUUUACUUUAGCAGGGAUCUAUUUGUAUGUAUACAGUGCCGUGCGAAAGUAUUUGGCCCCCUUGAAGUUUGCGACCUUUUGCCACAUUUCAGGCUUCAAACAUAAAGAUAUAAAAUUGUAUUUUUUUGUGAAGAAUCAACAAGUGGGACACAAUCAUGAAGUGGAAUGACAUUUAUUGGAUAUUUCAAACUUUUUUAACAAAUCAAAAACUGAAAAAUUGGGCGUGCAAAAUUAUUUAGCCCCUUUACUUUCAGUGCAGCAAACUUUCUCCAGAAGUUCAGUGAGGAUCUCUGAAUGAUCCAAUGUUGACUCAAAUGACUAAUGAUGAUAAAUACAAUCCACCUGUGUGUAAUCAAGUCUCCGUAUAAAUGCACCUGCACUGUGAUAGUCUCAGAAGUCCGUUAAAAGCGCAGAGAGCAUCAUGAAGUCAUCUGCUAAAUGACUUAAAUGUAAAUGUAAUGAAGAACAAGGAACACACCAGGCAGGUCCAAGAUACUGUGGUGGCAAGAAGAAAGCCAUUUCUUAAAGAUAUCCAUAAAAAGUGUAAUUUAAAGUUUGCCACAAGCCACCUGGGAGACACACCAAACAUGUGGAAGAAGGUGCUCUGGUCAGAUGAAACCAAAAUUGAACUUUUUGGCAACAAUGCAAAACGUUAUGUUUGGCGUAAAAGCAACACAGCUCAUCACCCUGAACACACCAUCCCCACUGUCAAACAUGGUGGUGGCAGCAUCAUGGUUUGGGCCUGCUUUUCUUCAGCAGGGACAGGGAAGAUGGUUAAAAUUGAUGGGAAGAUGGAUGGAGCCAAAUACAGGACCAUUCUGGAAGAAAACCUGAUGGAGUCUGCAAAAGACCUGAGACUGGGACGGAGAUUUGUCUUCCAACAAGACAAUGAUCCAAAACAUAAAGCAAAAUCUACAAUGGAAUGGUUCAAAAAUAAACAUAUCCAGGUGUUAGAAUGGCCAAGUCAAAGUCCAGACCUAUUUGAUCACCUACCAACCAGUAAGAAUUCCAGCUCUCACAGACCUGUUAGUUUUUCUUUAAGAAGCCCUCCUGUUCUCCAUUCAUUACCUGUAUUAACUGCAUCUGUUUGAACUCGUUACCUGUAUAAAAGACACCUGUCCACACUCAAUCAAACAGACUCCAACCUCUACACAAUGGCCAAGACCAGAGAGCUGUGUAAGGACAUCAGGGAUAAAAUGGUAGACCUGCACAAGGCUGGGAUGGGCUACAGGACAAUAGGCAAGCAGCUUGGUGAGAAGGAAACAACUGUUGGCACAAUUAUUAGAAAAUGGAAGAAGUUCAAGAUGACGGCCAAUCACCCUCGGUCUGGGGCUCCAUGCAAGAUCUCACCUCGUGGGGCAUCAAUGAUCAUGAGGAGGGUGAGGGAUCAGCCCAGAACUACACGGCAGGACCUGGUCAAUGACCUGAAGAGAGCCGGGACCACAGUCUCAAAGAAAACCAUUAGUAACACACUACGCCGUCAUGGAUUAAAAUCCUGCAGCGCACGCAAGGUCCCCCUGCUCAAGCCAGCGCAUGUCCAGGCCCAUCUGAAGUUUGCCAAUGACCAUCUGGAUGAUCCAGAGGAGGAAUGGGAGAAGGUCGUGUGGUCUGAUGAGACAAAAAUGGAGCUUUUUGGUCUAAACUCCACUCGCCGUGUUUGGAGGAAGAAGAAGGAUGAGUACAACCCCAAGAAUACCAUCCCAACCGUGAAGCAUGGAGGUGGAAACAUCAUUCUUUGGGGAUGCUUUUCUGCAAAGGGGACAGGACGACUGUACCGUAUUGAGGGGAGGGAUGGAUGGGGCCAUGUAUCACGAGAUCUUGGCCAACAACCUCCUUCCCUCAGUAAGAGCAUUGAAGAUAGGUCGUGGCUGGGUCUUCCAGCAUGACAAUGACCCGAAACACACAGCCAGGGCAACUAAGGAGUGGCUCCGUAAGAAGCAUCGCAAGGUCCUGGAGUGGCCUAGCCAGUCUCCAGACCUGAACCCAAUAGAAAAUCUUGAGGGAGCUGAAUGUCCGUAUUGCCCAGUGACAGCCCCGAAACCUGAAGGUUCUGGAGAAGGUUUGUAUGGAGGAGUGGGCCAAAAUCCCUGCUGCAAUGUGUGCAAACCUGGUCAAGAACUACAGGAAACGUAGGAUCUCUGUAAUUGCAAACAAAGGUUCCUGUACCAAAUAUUAAGUUCUGCUUUUCUGAUGUAUCAAAUACUUGUGUCAUGCAAAAAAUAAAUGCAAAUGAAUUACUUAAAUCAUACAGUGUGAUUUUCUGGAUUUUUGUUUUAGACUCCGUCUCUCACAGUUGAAGUGUACCUAUGAUAAGAAAUACAUGCUUUGUAAGUAGGAAAACCUGCAAAAUCAGCAGUGUAUCAAAUACUUGUUCUCCCUACUGUAUAUUAUUACUUUCUUCCAAUAAAGGCUUGUUCUUUUUCUCUUGAA